AUGAAUGAUGAACAGAUAACAACAAUUAAUAAUCAUAAUACUCUAGAUGAACAAGAAGAUGAAAUAAACAAAUUAACAACAUCUUCAUCAUCAUCAACUUCAUCAUCACCAUCAACUUCUUAUAUUACAUUAAAUAAUGCACCACCACCAACAACAACACAACCAAAAAUUCCAAUAAUAACACCACCAACAACAACAACAACAACAACCACUACUACUACUUCGAAUACUGCUAAUACUACAAUAAAUAAUGAUUCAAUUUUAAAAUUAAAUAUUGGUGGUGAAAUUUAUUAUACGACUGUAUCAACGAUAUUAUCAGACUCAAAUUCAAUGUUUUAUUUAAUGUUUGGUACUGGUAGAUUUAAUGUACAGAAAGGAGAUGAUGGUACUAUAUUUAUUGAUAGAGAUGGUAGAUAUUUUCAUUACAUAUUGAAUUGGUUAAGAUCAAAAUUUAUACCAUUCAUAAAGGAUGAUGCCAUAAGGGAUAGUGUUAUGAAUGAGGCUAAAUAUUAUCAAAUCACAAGUUUAAUAGAGUAUAUGCAAUACCAAAUAGCAUCACAAGCACCACCACCCGAUAUUGAAAAAUUCUCACAAAAAGAAAUAUUACAAUUGGUGAAUCUAUCACACCCAAACCAACCUAUUCAAUUACCGUCUGCCAAUCUAUCAGGUUUGGAUUUAUCAGGUUUGAAUUUAAAGAAUGCUAAUCUUAGAUUUGCAAAUUUAGAAGGUUCUCUAUUGAAAUAUUGUAAUUUGGAGGAUGCAAAUCUUGAAUCUGCAAAUCUUAAAAACUGUGAUCUUAGAUUUUCAAAUAUUUCAUGUUGCAGUCUACAAAGAGCUCAACUUCAAAAUUCACAACUUCAAUACUCUUCCUUUGUUGGCUCAAAUCUAUCUGAUGCUGAAUUAUGUGAUGCACAACUUCAAAGUGCUGAUUUUCAAAGUGCAAAUCUUCAAGGUUCAAAUCUUCAAGGUGCAAAUCUGUUAGAUACAAAUUUACAAAAUGCAAAAGUUCAAGGUACUUCAUUUAGUAGAGUUCUUAAUGUUCAACGUGCUAAAAAUUUAAAAAGAUAA